AUGACUUAUACUUACAUUGUCUUCGGACUUUUAUGGAGGAUAGUAUACGGUAUUACAUCGCAAUGUACUGUCACAGAUGUCAAGAGUCUUUUAGAGGGUUGUGACCGGAUUACUGGAUUGAACGUGACCAGCGUUGGUGGCACCAUUGUAAACGAUCAUAAUUGUGAUGUGGUCUUGCCAAAGCAAGUGUUCCUGGAGGAGCCGUUAUUUCAGUUUUCUUCAGCUGAUGUCAAAAAGUUUUUCACACUUUUAAUAGUUGAUCCCGAUGCUCCACCGCAGAUAGAUGGUGAAUUUUAUUUGCACAUGGUUAAAUCGAAUAUACCUGGCCUUGCUUUAAAAGCUAAGGAUAGCACGAAAACUGUUGGAAUUGAUUAUAGAGGAUACAAACCACCAACGCCACCUCGCGGUACGGGUCUACAUCGCUACCUGUGCCUCCUGUAUGAGCAAGCAGACGGUAACAACUUUCUACCGACUGUUCCGACUACACGUCUACGUUUCUCACUUGCAAAGUGGCUUGUAGGAAAAAACCUUUGCGGUCCAAUAGCCGGCAUACAAUUCAGAACUGAAUUCUAG